AUGGGAUCUUCCGUCUCGGUUGGGCUUCAGGUACCCCCAUCAAGCCCUUUCUCGGGAGGACGCUCUCAACCUCAAAGCAGAAGAGCCUCUCAAUUCAGCCUUUCAUUUGCUUCAGCUGCCACACAAAAGUUAAAGAAAUCUAAAUCAUCAAAUCCUAAUGCAUCCAAACGGAAUUCAAUAAUAGCGACUCCUUCCCAGCAAACCCCAUUGGUUAUUCAAGAAUUUCAGGAUCAGUCAUCAAAUUCAUCCUCCUGUAUGGAUGAUUCCGUUCAUCACUCGCCCAGUCGGACCCUAAAAUCUCCAUCUUCUCAUCAACGAAUGAAAACUUUUCCCUCGGCAUUAUUGAGAAAUAAUCAUGCCAAAUCUUCUCCUCGUGUGUUGGUACAUUCUUCAACAUCAAAUGGUGAUGAUAUGCAAAUGACCGAUGCGGAGGAUGAAGAUGAUGGAAGCGCUAUCAUUUACAGAAAUCAACAUCAGCCAGAAGAGGUUCAAGACAUGAUGCCACCCCUUCAUACAAGCUCAAGUCCGAGAAUUCUGAUACACGCAAAAUCAAUGGGAGUUUUGAAUCAAUCACAAAACUCCCUCAAAUCUCUCUCGGAAAGCUUGGCAUCAAGCUCUUUAAUGCAUGGCUUUUACUCUUCUUCCAUUAUCCCUGAAAGUAAUUUAUUGAAAGAGACAAAUAUGGAAUUGCAACGUUUUGCUCCUUCCUUGUCUCUUGAGGAAAAUCAACAGCUAGGUUAUGCCGGAGAUGGCAAUGAUUUUGUUAUUCAAAUGCUUCAAUGUAGCCCUAUGGCUUCAGCUAUUACUGAUUUAAAAGGAAAUAUAUUAGCAAUGAACUCGGCAUUCAAACAAAUAUUCAAAGUCAAAGAGGUGUUAAACCCUAUAAAAGAUAAGAGUGAAGUAGGGCAUGUCACAAAUUUCAUACCACCCGAAUACAGAAAUCAACAUGACAAACAUAUGUUAAAAUUCAAAAACAACAAAGAAACUAAAAUGAAAAGAAUCACCUUUGGAUAUACCACUGAGGGUGAGAAAAUUCCAAUUAUGCUCACUGUGGCCUUAACUACGCUUCCCUCAACACAAAAGCCUUGUUAUAUUUGCUUUGUAAAGGAUUUAACGUUUGAAUUUAAGCAUAGCACGCUAGCAGAGAUGUAUGACACGGUGACUGGUUUCUCAUCUUUUCCCAUCGUCGCCAUUGACGAAGACUGCAUCAUAAAGCUAUUUAACCGAGCAGCGGAAACGACAUGGAUGGUCACAAAAUUAGAAGUGAUGGAGAGAAAUGUAAAUAUUCUAAUGCCAGAGUCGAUUGGCAGAUUUCAUACGAAAAUGGUGCAAAGCUAUUGUAUGGGAAAAAAACAAGGAAAGCUCAUUAAUCGAGUUCAGCAAGUCGUCGGAAAGAGAGUAGGUAAUGGAAGGGAAUUUCCUUUAGAAAUUAAGAUUGCAGAGAUUCGACACGAAAUUAAUUUGAAAAGAUCUUUCAUUGCUUUUCUGAGAGAUCUUACUGCUGUCAUGACGGCAAGAGAAUUUCAAUUGACACUCUAUCCAGUGUCAGUUGUGAACCAACUUGAAGCAGGUGAGAGGACUAUUCACAAAUAUCAUUCUUGCAUUUCGGUUCUGUUUUGUGAUAUCGUUGGAUUUACAGAAAUUUCAAGGCGCAUGUCAAGUGAAGAGCUUGUUAAAUUGCUUGAUGAAAUCAUCACAUCCUUUGAUGAAAACCUUUUAGUGAGAUUUGGAUUGGAAAAGAUAAAAACGAUGGGAGACAAUUACAUGUGUGCAAGUGGAUUAGACUCCAAUCCCAAUCAUGCAAGCAAUAUCGUUGAAGCAGCCUUUGAGAUGCAGAAUCUAAUAAUAGAAUUCAAUAAGAAGCACGCCAUGGAUCUCAGGGAUAGGUUUCCUUCUCAGUAUCAUGUAGAUGAGAACACAAUAUCAGUGAGAGUCGGCAUUAACUCGGGUGAAUUGGUGGCUGGUAUAGUAGGUAGCAAGAAACCUGUGUAUGAUGGAAUUGAAAGUGAAGUCCAAAUAACGCAAGCGACAUAUAAUUUAUUAAGGGAUGAUCUAAAAAAGAGAUUUGUUUUGAGAAGGAACGUGAACGUGAAAGGAGUAGGCUUAAUGGAUACCUAUAUUUCACAACUGAGACAGGAGCGAGAAAAGAACUUACAUCCAUCAUCGCCUGUUGAAAGCUCAACUUAUUUGAGCAAACAUACAAAUGGCAACAGUUCCUCAGUCAACAACAGAAAUAUCGAAUUUGAAGAGCUUGACGACAGUGAUCUAGAUUCAUUUGACAAUCGAUAA